AUGCGUGGUCGAGCCGCCGUUCUGGCGUUCGGCCUGGCGCUGGUUCCGGCCGCUGCGUGGCGCGAGGUCUGUGUGAUCGGUGCCAAAAAUCUGCCGUACACCGACCAGCUUCCCAAAGACCCGGCGCCCGACCCAUGGGUGAAGGUCGAGGUGGACGGAGAAGAGCUGUGCCACAGCGAGUACAUUCCAAACAAGCAGAAUCCGCUCUGGAAAAGGGUCAAGCAGAACGGACAGUACUCGGAGCCCGCCUGCUGCCAGGUGAGCGAGUCUCAGGCGGACGGCUACUUUUGGUUCUCUGUGUUUGAUGCGGAGAACGUCAAGUGGUACGGCGACUAUCUCGGCUCGUCUGGCUUCCGCCUCGCCGACGUCGAAGGCACCUUUGACCUCGAGCUCGAGAUCGACGGCAAGGUGCCAUUGGACUCCACCGGCAAGCCCUCGCUGCUCACCGUGUCCGUCGCUGCCAACCCGCCGCCGCCGCUGCCGCCGCUGCCGCCUCCGCCGCCGCCGCCGCCGCCCGCGCGCCGCUUCAUCUGCGUGCA